GUGCUGUUGGUGGUGUGUGCGCCCUAGCUAACGUGCUGGGCCAGGAGCUGUGUGAUUUGGAGCGUCUGUGUCAGUCGGGGAGGUGGGAGGAAGCCAGGCUUCUGCAGCAGCGCCUCAUCGAGCCCAACGCUGCCGUGACCAGGAAGUUGGGAGUUCCUGCCCUGAAGCGUGCAAUGGAGUGGUUUGGUUUCCACGGCGGCGCUUGUCGAUCACCUCUUCAGCCACUCACAGAGGCAGAGACUCAGCAGCUGAGAAAGGACUUUUCCACCAAUGGGUGGCUGUGAGGGGACCCACGCUCAGUGUGUUUGUGCGUGUGAGUGGGCGUCCCUGUGGGUGACUUCAGUCCGGCCCACCAGUGAGUUCAUAAUGGGGUGGAGUGUUGCUUCUGUUUAUUGCAUUUAUGAUUCAAUGCAACAAAAUAAACACAUUU